CUAAAUCUAAAUCUAAAAAUAUCUUUAAGCAUUUUCCCAAACUGCCGUUUAGGGAUUCAAAUUCUCUUUCCAUCCAUGCUUCCACGCCAUCACUUUAUCUCUCCUAAUUUCAUCCCUCUUCCUUCUAUCUCAAUCCUAGCGGAACCUCUUCCCCUUCUGUCGCAAGCAUUUGUUGCCCCCAUUUUCACAAUUUGCUGAUGGUGUCUACCGCUCCCUCCGGUCACACGAUCCGAACGCCAACUUACACCAAAUUCCCUUCCAGUUUGGUUUGCGCGGCGGCAUACCAAACUGCCUCCAUCUCCUUCUCGCCAUCUUAUUCACCAUUACUCACUUCAUGUCAUUCGCUCCUAGCCGGUUCUGCGCUAGCCACUCGAUCCAUUUCGUUGAUGUCGCCCUCUCGCAUGCCUUCCACCCCCAGUUCUUUCCCCCUAAUUCUGCCUAGGUAGGAAUUUUAUCCCAGCGACCAAAACUCAACACGGUAAACGAUCAAUUUCUUCAUCUUAUCUUUUAUCCUGCCGACAUUAACAUUAUUACUCUCUCCAUGGCUUCCCUAUUCGCGUUUGACAACAAGACCAUUGAUAGGGGAAGUCGUGGUUGUCGCUUCCACUGCUUCAAUUGACAGGUAUGUAAUUCCACACCCCCAUUUUGUUCUCUUAUUGAACGUGAUUCAAUUAAUUAACCUCCAAUGAAAAUGUGGCUCUCUGUAAGGCUGUAGUGAUUAUGUGAAUGGACCACCUCAGUAGACAAAGAUUGAUUAUUCAAGUCUGUAUUCAAAUUUAGUUCACCAUUUAUUGAUCCUCAUAUUGCAAUAAGAAUAGUUAUUUUCACUUCCUUUGUAACCCCAUAUUUGCAAUCAUACCAUUACAAACAUACUGUUGUAUUUAUUAGUCCACACCAGAAUCAUUGAGAUUGCAUCUACCAUUUAUGUUCUCAACUUGAUCACCUUGUGUGAACCAUAUCACCUGAUUAUUGCAGAUGAUCGAAAAGGGGAAAAUCGCUCAUCACUCUAGAUAGAUCAUGUGGAAAACUACUACCUACACUUACAGGCUACAACCAUCUCUCAUCCACCCUAUAAGCAACACAUUCCUUUUUUCCAUCUCACGCAGAGAUCCCAAUUCAAUAGUAGCUUAUUCUCCUACGUUAGCUUUAUGCUUUGGCAAUCUGCUGUAUACACAGCUCAUAAAGAUUGUUAUAAAGCUCCAGUCACCACAUUCAAGAUUCAUCGCAGUCUUUUUUCCUAUUUAAUGUGAUAUUGAUGCAAAAUCAUAUGACUAUCAAUCAUCAAUUACUGCUCUUUUCGUCAAUGUGCAGGUUCAUCCCUCAAUUAUGCAAAUAAAUCACGAGGACAACCCAAACAAGUAACUCCUUUUAUUUUAUUACAUGAACCAAUGUCCAACUUCAGUUUCUAGGUUUAGCUGUUGCUUUGAAGGCAUAUUCAUCUGCACUCUCAAAUGGAUAUAAAAGGAAAGAGGUUGAUGGUGCCUCACUAACCCAUAGACAAAACCCCAAACAUUUUUGCGGUUUCUCGUUCUCAUUGUAAGUGUUCGAUUAUGAUUGAGUUUGAGCAUGUAUGGUGUAUCUAUCAUAGUCAUCUUCAUCCAUCUAAGGUCUUUUUAUAUUGUGAAAUGCUAUGACAUUGAAAGAACCUCCAUUUUAAAGUAACUAGAAUAAACUUAUUUUGCUACAAAAUAUUUUUCUCGAAUUUCAUUCUCAUAGUUGGUUCCCAACAUUAAGGCAACUAUUUUUAUUUAGUCUUGCUAUGUAUUUUCCUUUCGUAAAUCUAUAUCCAGAUAUAAUACACUAUUCUUCAGCUACAACUAUCACUCAUUUCCAACCCUCUUUUAUGCACGAGUCAUGUGAGGAAUAAUAGUCAUCACAUUCCACAUGUAUCAUGCAUGUUUUGUAAUAUAGUAAACUAAUAUACCAAAACUCAUUCAUGUUCUAAUUCGAUUCUUGCCGAUUUCAGAAUUUUACUAUCCAUGAAAAUUAUAUCUAUGAUAACAUUGCAAACUUGAUACACAUUGGGAAUGCAAGAUACUAUCAAAUAACAACUUAAUUAUUAUAUUUGUGUUUUGUGAGGAAUAACACUCUUUAUUUUAAUUGUUGAGGAUAAUAGGGAUAUAACUUAUGAAAAAUGAAUAGGUGAAAGCCAACUUACAUCUGUAGCGACAAAGCAAUAACAAAUACCUCUAAACAAAUUUGUUAUAAAUACAAGAGAGUCUUCAUUUUAGGUUACCACAUGAACUCUAGAACACUAUUGACUAAUGACAUAUUUGCAGGUCUAACAAACCCACAAGAUAAACACAACCGUAAAGGUCCCUCAAACUACAGUAAAAAAAAGCAAUGUCGAGGAACACCUUCCCCUCUGCUGAAGGUUUUCAACACAUGACCAGGACUAGAAAUGCACACUCCAAAUAUCAACGAGAAGCUACUGCACCACAUCAUUGCGAAUUCAAGCAAACAACAUAAACAAAUAAAAAGCUCAAAAGUACUUUGGCCCUAUACGAUUCAAAAUGGCCAAAUCAACAAUUGCCUUUUCCUUCAAUUGUGAACAUUGUCAUCAAAGCCCACAAACACUACUACUAUGUUAGCAGAACUUUAGAUUUUUCAUUAGACUCGUAUGUUUGGGAACUACAGUUGGUCCCCCAAAUGACUGUGUCAUGGAUAAUGAUUUAUUAUUAUUACUUUUUUUAUCGGAACCUGCGAUUUGGCUUUAUUGAGAGUAAAAUGAUGUUACAUUAUCUUUAAGAAGCUGAUCUAACAGAUUCAACGGUAGCCUAUCAAACCAGACAUCCGCUAUAUCUCAUCUCGCCCUCGUAUAAGCCAUUAUGUGUGCUACCUCAUUAGCAUCUCUGCUAGCAUAUUGUACGCGUCCAUCACCUGUCGUUGUCGCCAGCUUCCGUAUGUUCCUGAGCACGACCCCUAUCUCUGUUUUGGAUUUAUUCCUCCACCGCCAGCUUGUUCACCACUAUUAGGCAAUCUGUUUCCACAAGAGGCAUCAUUAGCUGGUGCUGUAGAGCCAGUUGGAAACCAAACUCUAUCGCCAACUCCUAACCCAGAGUUGGGUCAUUGAUUCCUUUUAAUCUCUUCACCAUUGCCAGUAUAAAAUAUCCAUUAUGAUUCCGAGCUACCACCCCAGCCCUACACCUUCUUUGUCCAUAGCCGCAUCUGAAUUCAAAUUCACCCCCCAAGCGGAGGUCUCGACCAAGCAUGGCUUAUCGGCGAAGCUGGGGGAUGAUCCGGGUGUUGCUUUUGGUGUCAAUACUCCUUAAGGUAGGAUUGUGCUCUUGGCACUAUAUCCGCUUCAGCCAUCUUCUUCCUGUUCAACAAGUGAGCGUAUCAUUCUCUCCAUAAAGACCACAACAAUACCACCCACUCCUCGAGCUCAUUUUCCAGCACCGAAGAAAUCACCUACCGAACCCAGUCCAUACAACUAGCACCUGAUUUAAGCUCAAAAUAGUGAGCUACCUCCUACUUCCGCCACAACCUACUCACCCAUUGGCAUUGGUAGAAGGCAUGCUGCUGUGUUUCUAGUUGGUCUCAAUAAGGCACACCACUCAGCCUUGGGUUUUGGCUAUGCACCUUCUCCCCCGUAGCCAAAGCUCCGCGUGUAAAUUUCCACAUGAACACCUUCACUUUUAACGGUAGCUUAAGUGACCACAGUUUUUUCCAAAGAGUCGGAUCACCUACACUCUGAUUAGCAUGCUGGUCCUGAAACUUCCUCAACCACGUCCUCUAGCCCUCCCUUGUUCUCCCGGGUGACGUAGCAGGACUUGUUUAAUAGCUUGUACCAUAUCAGAUGGGAAACAGCUCUCCAAAAGCGUCUCGUCCCAUUUCUCUUCCUCUUCGUCAAUCAGGUCUCGUACCAUUGAAUCCACCGGGAUACCGAUCAGUGGUGACUGAACAAUAUUACAAGGCAUUGACAGUAACCAACGAUCAUCCCAAAAACGAACAGAUGCCCCAUAACCGAUUCUCCAUCUCAAUACUUCAACCAGGAACUCUUGAGCUCUCAUCAGACUAAGCCACACAUAGUUAGGUCGGUAACCAACACGAGCCUCCAUGAUAGUGUCGUUUUUAUGAUACUUUGCCUUCAUAAUCCAAGCUACUAGGGACCUUGGUCUCUGAUAUAGGUGCCACAGUUGUCGUGCGAGUAACGCUAGAUUGAAACCUCAUAGAUCCCAGAAACCAAUACCCCCUGCUCGUUUGUACAUAUCAGCGCCUCUCGAGCCACCCAUGGAGUCCUGAGCUCUUCACCCUUAUGCCCCCACCAAAAGCGAGUAAUUAGACCAUGUAUCUCAUCCAGUAUUCCUUCAGGAACCUCAAAUACCGACAUAGUGUAGGUCAGCUGUGAUUGUGCCACCGAUUUUAUCAAUAGUUCGGCGCAACAGCUGACAUCGACUUCUCUUUCCACCCCGCCAACUUUUUCCAAACUCGAUCUUUAAGAUAAAUGAAGAACUCUUUUUUAGACCUGCCUACCUCUGUCGGAAGACCCAAAUAUUUAGCGUGUUUCUCCACCACCUUCAUCCCAAGGUUGGAGCUCACUAUUAGUCUUUGGUGCUACUUUAUAUUUGAUCCAAAAGUCACCUCGGAUUUCUCCAAACUAACCAGCUGGCCGGACUACUUCUAAUAGUCCUCAAGCACCCCUCUCAACUACCGACUCUCAUUCUCUGUAGCUCUAGGAAAAAAUAUAGAAUCAUCAGUAAAAAAAAGAUGUGAUAUCACCGGAGUACCCCUUGCCACCGAUAGCCCAUGGAUUUUCUUCUGGUUUAUUGCGAGGGUCAUAUAACUUGAUAAGGCCUCCGCCACCAAAAGGAAAAGAUAUGGUGAUAGGGGAUCUUCCUGUCGUAAUCCCCUGCUCGGCAUGAAGGUCUGUGAUCUAUCUUCACACAUACGAUACCGACUUCACACACAACAUGAUCAUACGGAUCCAUCCAUCUUCUUGCAAAUCCCAACCGUUCCAUCAUCUCUUCCAAGAACCACCACUCCACCAUAUCAUACGCUUUGGCCAUGUCAGUUUUAGCCGCCAAAUACCCCAUCUUGUUCUUCGUCUUCUACUUCAUUGUAUGAAAACAUUCGAAAGUUGUCAUCACAUUAUCUGCAAUAAAAAGACUUGGGUCAAAAGCACUAUGUUCUUGGGAGAUAAUCCUAUCCAACAACGAUUUCAGCCAGUUAGCCAAGUCCUUCUAGAGCAUCUUGUACAUCACAUUAUACAGGCUGAUAGGUCUAUAGUCCUUCCCCCUCUUCGGUUCCUUCACCUUCGGGAUUACACCAACAAAGUAUGGUUUAGUCCUGAGGCAUUUCUUCAAGUUCUACCACUCUUAACAGCAGCUGGGUGACCUCAUCGCCUAUUAUAUGCCAAUACUUCACCAAAAAUAGCACAAACAUUCCAUCCGCUCCUGGCGCCUUUCUUUUUCCCAUUUGUUUUAAUGCCCCGAACAGUUCUCUCUUGUAAGCGGCUUCAACAAACCAUCAUUCAUUUCAUCACUCACCUGGGCAUUGACCAAGUUCAAGACUGGUGUCAGCGCCGGUCGGUCCCCUGCAAGGAAAUUAUUCUCAAAAUAGUUAGUGAAACAUUGCGCCGUCUUUUCUCUCCACUCCAAAGCCUUCAAGGCUUUCUUUAUUUUUGCUUUCUGGCAUCACAAGUUAGGAAAAGUGGUGCAGCUCCAUUGUUCCAGCUUAGUCUGUACCCAACUGAUCCUAGUUAUAGCAUCCCCAGGGGCCGACUCCCAAGCUUCUUUAAUCUUCUCCACACAAUCGUCAUGUUUUGCCCAAAGAGGCUCGAAACGGAAGGACCAUCCCCAUUUAAUGUCUUCAUCCUCCUUGCCAACGUAUCGCAAAUAAUGGGGCGAUGAUCCGAUCAUAUCAAAUCAAGGUGUAAGACUCGU